AUGUUCGACCUCCCCGUCUUGCUCUGCCUUGCCCUCAGUCUCACUGCUCAUGCCGCUCCGACCAGCCCUGGCAUCCCAGUCGCGCGCAACGGCACAUUCCAUCCUCCAUUCGCGUUACAACCGGUUAAAUCUCUCUUGGAAGCUCCUGAUCAUAGCGCUAGCAUGGGCGUGGCACGCGCGUCGAGGGACCUGUCCCCCGAUAUCACGGCAAAAGUGAACACGAAACUCAAAGAUCUAUUCUUUAACGAAUGGAAUUCUGUAUAUGCGAAGUUUGACCCGGCGUCUGUAUCAAAACAGAGCUGA